AGGUAGACGGAUAAAUGAGUGUUAUGAGUGUAGGUGUACGCAGCUGCUGCUUUCUCAGGUUUUAGGACUUGAGGACGAUACAUUUAGUGCUUUAAUAGACGUUAAAUUUAUUAUUUUUAUUUUUUUUUGUGAUCAAAAUGUUACCACAAAGUGUGACGACCACAUCUCAGGGAGUAAUAUUUGGAUCUCAACUCGUCCAAGCAAACUCCAGAACCCCUUACAGCGAUGCUACACAGACAAAGAAGCACAAUCCCAACCACGUGAAGCGCCCCAUGAAUGCCUUCAUGGUGUGGUCGCAGAUGGAACGCCGGGAGAUUGUGAAGUUCGCCCCAGACAUGCACAACGCUGAGAUCUCCAAACAGCUGGGCAAGCGCUGGAAGAACCUGACGGAAGAUCAGCGGCAGCCUUACAUACAGGAAGCAGAGCGGUUGCGCUUGCUACAUAUGCAAGAAUAUCCAGAUUACAAGUACAGACCUCGAAAGAAAACCAAAUCGGGAAACGGCAAUAUCAAGACACUGGAAAAGGGUCGGGUAUCCAAGGCUAAGGACAUCAAGACGAAUACUAUAGCAACUAACGCCCUCAAGGGCAUCAAGCUGGCAGCGGCUGACACCACUAGAGCACAUUUGACGAGUGGAAUCUCUUCUAUUAAUCACAACAAAUUGAAGCUCAAGCUCAAAAUCGAUAAAAAAUUCAAAGAAUCAAUCCGCAACACCAUGUAUGUUCCAAUAUCGCAGUGCACUUCCCCUGCAGAGGUCCCUGCUACUCCCCAGGAGAUGCCUGCGUCUCCUGAGAGCGCUUCCUUAUAUGACUGCCGUAUUACCACCACAACUACCAUAGGCAACCGCAGCAAGAACAGGACCUCAUCAUCCUCAAGUCCUCCUUCAGCAAAAGAACCUUUCUUGUAUGGGCUAUAUACUAUCGAAAGUGCACCAGGCCUUACUUCCCUCAAGCCAGAGUCCCUCUUGUCAGCGUCAGUCACUUCGCCAUGUGGUGAUGACGAUGACACAGACGAGGACGACGAAGAUGAUGUUCUAUACAGCCGAAAGCGCCGAACAGUGCGCGAUGAGGUCUUUGCGCCAAAACCUCUUCUUUCUACCUCAUUGUCAGAAGCGAGAGUGACUGACCCCCCUCCUCCCCCUACAAUUAAGCUGGAGCCUUUGGAAAUAAAGCAGGAACCUCCAGCUGAGUCUCCACUUGGUGAUCUCGAUUCACUUUCAGACUUCCUUCAGAUCCCCUCUGAUGAUUUCAAGGUAGAGGUGGAUGAAAUCAAUUCUGAUCUCGACUUCGAUGCCGUCUCCACGUCCUCUGGAUCUCAUUUUGAAUUUUCGGAUGUGUCUGACAUGCUGAGUGACAUUGGUGUUAGCAAUGACUGCUGGGUUGAUAUUGGCAUUAUUAAUUGUUGAGCUUAAUCAUAGUUGCUGCGUGUGUUUAGGGUAGUCAGCCAGCCAUCUCUGGCCCUUGCUACUGCCAAUCUUUGUUGAUCUUCAAGCUCUCAUAACUGUGAGGAGGCAGCACUUGGGAUAGGAUGUACUUUUUAUAAAACUGCACAGUUUUCCGUGACUGUGUCGAGAUCACUGAGGUGUUGAGGAUAGGACCUAAAGUUUGAUAUAAAAUGUGAUUAAAAUAGCAACUGAAAAAAUAAAAAAAAAAGUUGAUGAAAAAUGUGUGUUCUAGAAUAGUGACGUCAGACGUUUUUGAAGUGUCAUUUUUUAUGUUAUAUACUGUAUUACUCUUAGGAAUCAUGACAUUUAACUGUAAUCCAUUUUAGUCAUUAUACGCAUGUACACAUAUGUACACAUCCAUAUAUUCUCCUGUAAGCAUUUUGCAAGUGCCAGUCACACAGGUGUAUUACUCGAUUUGAAAAAAGGGAAAAACGGGGAUACUGAAAAUAUUCUCCACCGCCUAUGUGACAAUACAACAGCUGCAAGACUUGGAAACUGCCAAAAGUAGGUUUUUGUUAUGUAAAGAAAAGAAAGAAAAAAUGGAGCGGCUUUUCAACCUGUUAAUUUUUCAUUCCAUCACCAUUUUUAAUCACCUAGCAUCACACCUCCGUUUUUGUACAGUAACAUUUAAGCGUAAGAAGAAUUUUUUAUAUGACCAACUUAUUUGCCAACAGAUCGCGCAAGACAAGACAAGCAGCGUGUAGCCCUUAUAUUUUGAAAGGAUUAUGUCAUAGCCAUUGGCGUCAGUAUCAAUGAGGACUCUUGUCUGUAUUUGGAAUGCUCUCGAUACCAUGAAAGGGUCUGUGUUUUGGUUAAUGUUUGAAAAUUUCUUUACAAUAGUUGCAGUACUUCCAGUUACAUUUAUUUUAAAGUAUUCUACUCAGGUAGUGACAAUGGAGUUACAAGUUUAGUACAGUAUUUCACUCCAUAUUUUUUUCAAUAAGCGUAUGUCAGGCGAUUAUUUAAGUUGAAAGAAGCAAGGACGAUAAUUCCUUGCUGAUUAGACACUUUCAUGACAAAAACAUGAAGUCCUUAGUUAGUAGAAAUUAACUUAGAACCAAUGGAAAAUGUAUUUUCUCCCCCUUGGAUUUCACUCAUUGUUACUUCUUGAUGAAUCAAAUCCACGAUCCCUCCUCAUUCCAGUCCCCCACCAUCAUUCACUUUGAAAACUCCCAAGGCCCCCCACCCCCCCACUUCCAUCCUCUGUCUCUAGUCUGUAUGUUCAGGUUAUUGUUUAAAGUAAAUUACAUGUUGGUCAGUGGGGAGCAUCUUUGCACAACGCAACGCAUUACAAUGGGCAUUUAGUCUUUAAAAACGGGAAUAAGAAGUAAAGUGUAGUACACAAUUCAUACAGUACACAACUCAGGGCCUGGGCAAAAGGAACUGUUGUAUACAUUUAGUCUUUUAAGUCCAUAGGUGGCAUUAAGGGAGCUAUUGCAGGCUCAUUCAUCCGUGGAAGCAUUGCGCAUUUUGUUAAUUAAUUGUGUUUUGGUUCAGAUCUAAUAAGCGAGUGGCGUCUACUCGUCUAUUUUGAUUUACUGAAUGAGCAGUCAGUAGUUAGCCGCUGCUUUCGCCCCAGUGCCCUCUUAAAAACAAGUUCCACCCAAUAAACCACCCGGUUUCAUAUAUGUAAUGGCUAUAUAUAUAUACGGAUAUUAUAUAGUUAUGGAAUUUUUUGUACUAGUGUUAAUUUUAAUGAAAUGGGGCACUGAAGUAUAUGAAAGUUGUUAGGGGGUUAAAACGCUCCCUAGGUUCUUUAGACGUAAAUGUGUGAAUAGUCCGUGAUCAAUCAUAAGUUUAGAUGGUUUUCAUUGACACUGUUGGUAUAAUCAGUUGGCUUCCCUGGAUUCAGCAAACUAAUGCUUCAGUGCUCAUUUCAUCAUGGACAGCCGGUUUUUCGGAUCCACACAGACACAGUGACACAUAAUAUGAUACCCUAUGUCUUUCCUUAAGUAAGUACAGUCCUUGAAAAACGUUUCAACAGAUACUUUGGAUAGCCAGAGUCACAGCAUAAAAAGAGAGGGUACAGAACUGUUCCCAUCAGACAUGGGCUUCAUUACCUUUAUCCAUUAUAUGUGCAGUACAUGGGUAUGUUUGUAAUACAUACACUUGGUAAAGAGGUCGUGUCUUUUUGUUGUCAUAUCCUGCUACAUUCUGUAAUAGGGAACCAAAUAUUCUCAUACAACUGGAGCAGGAAUUAGAAUUGGUUUGCACCACAUUUGGUUCAUCAGAUUUGCCAGGAGGCUUCUCUUGGUUUUGCUGCUGACGCUCAAGUCAUUGUUCAGUGUUAUGGUUUGAUAGAAAUGCCACAGGUCUUUUAGACAUUUUAUACAUAUUAAUAAUUACUUAAAUGAAGAAAUAAAAAUGACUGGGGUAGAAUUUGUUGUAUUUAAAGCCAGACACUGUUUGAUGACAACCCCGAUCUCCUCCCCAUAAUAUAGGGUAAUUCAUUUUCUAGUUUUUUGUAUGUGAAUAGGCUAGUUGUACAGUUGUUAUUUCAAGUCUCAUACCAUAUAUACUUGUGCGAUUAAGCUUUCUGUUGAAAGUGCAUUAGUUUAAUUCUAAUGGAAGUUCAGCUAUGUAUUGAAAACGAUAUUUCAUUUAAUGUGUGUUUGAACUUCAGUUUACUGGAGCUGUUAAUUAUGGAGUUGCAUUCUACCCUAAAGACAAGUAACUUGAAAUAAAAGUCUAUUUCAGGAAGAAGUCUUGUUUAGGCAUCUCUUAGGGCCAGAAUAGCGCUAAAACUUCAUAUUUCAGACAUAGUAAUGCCUUUCGAAGACUUGGGUCUUGCAACAUUAGUUGUUGCUCAGUGUUAACUUAAAUUGUGCUCUUCAGGUCAUUGUAAGGUCGGUUAAAUGUUCUCCAGCUUGCAUUUGCACCAGAGGUUGUUGGCUUGCAUUUGUGUCUGAAGCCUGGCUUACCUUUGCGCCUGAGGUCAUUUGUUUUCAAGUGAACAGCAACUUGUGUAUUGAGAGAGCAAUUAACAUUGCUUCAUUUUAACGUAUUGAAAUUUCUUACUUAAUGACUGUUCUUCAUAGAUUUAGCUCUACCCACACUUUUGUUGACAUUUGGCAUUAAUAUUUCUUUUUAUGCCAUGAAUAAGGUAUGGUUGAAAUAGUUUAUUUUUCUUCUGUGUCAGCUUGUUCAGUUUCUUUUCUUACCUGUAUGGUUGUACCAGAUACAGUAUUAUUAUUUAGGGGUAAAUCAAUGAUUUUACCCAAAAUGUGGUUUGAAUUCUUAAUUUUUCAUUGUUAACUGAAAAAGUGUACAACCAUGAGUGUAUUUUUUUUUCUGCAAAUUUUGUACAUUUUAUUUUUUCCAGAAAAUUUGUACAGUAAAAUGUUAAACAAGAUAUUGACUGACACUAACAGUCUGUAUUAUCAAGGUAUUUAUCAAACCAAACCAAGAGAUACUUGAACAAAGAAGCUAGGAUGUUGUUGUCAGUACAUGAAACUUUUCCGUACAUAUGUUGUUUGGUUAUGUGAAAUUGCACUAGAAAAGCUGCCGUUAUUACGGGAAGACGAAUAAUUAAUAUUUUUAAUCAUGAACGCGAAGAGAGGAAAUGUAGGACACCAGGAGACUCCAAAGUCUUUAGGCAGGAUCUGACUAGAAAAGAUAUGAGAAUAGUAAACCUUCAGUGAAAGGCUCUAGCAACCAUAUAUUAUAUAUCUGGGCUCUGAAGAUUGUUUGCUGGAAACUGGAAGAACAAAAAAUUCAUUUGUGAAAGCAAUGGUUUACAUUGCAAAGAAAAUCUAAAUUAUUGCAUGCAUGAAAUGUUGUGGAAGGUUUUUUUAUUUUUAUUUAUUUUUUCUAAGUGAAGUUACUUAGAAGUGUCACAGCAUAAGUGGACUAAACUCCACAGGUUUUGAAGAACUUCAGAGAUGAUUGAUUGUUGUUUCCACAACAGACUCGAAAUACCUCAUGACCGAAUCUCAGGACAAAAUUUUUCAUUUUAUUCUCUAGUUCAUUUUCUUCAUGGAAUUAUUAGCAUGUUGAUCAAGUACUACUUGUUUUCUUUAAUUUGAUGAGUUCUGAAGUAUUCUAGUAAUUUUUUUACAUCACUGUUAUCCUAAUGGAUAUGUAUAGAGCAUUUCUUGAGAAUUGCAGUCUUAUCAUUUUUUACUAAGAAGCAGAGUUAGUAUAAAUUCUGUAAGUCUUGUUUCUGACACUGUUGGUCGGUUUCCCCUCCCCCAAAAAUAAAAAAUAAGUAAAGUGAUGAUAAUUCUUGAUUUAAAUGCAUUCCACUGAACCAUUUUCCAUUUUGUUUUAAUUUCAUAGUACAUCAAAUAGUUCAACAGAAUCUCUAGCCAUCACCACAUUGAGAUAAGAAAACAUUUCUGAAUCCUAGCCAUAGAUCUAUUUUGAAUAUAGUUAAUAACAUUACGAGACCAUAUCUUGGGAGUUUGUCAAUAUAUUUUUCUCUACUUUUUGUAAAAAAAAAAUACAAAAAAAUUUAGUUUUCAAGACUGAAUGUAUGAAUCAUGGUUUUGUUUUUGUUUUUUUUCAAUCACAAGAUGUGCUCUCUUUGUCCAAAAUUGCUAUAAGAAAGAAGUUGGAUGUAAUAUUGAAACUUGAUUGUGACCAUAGCAGUGAAAUUUCACAUUGGUCAUUAUAGUAGAUUUUGGGAAGGGGGUUGUUACACGGUAUUUAUAUAUUUUAAUGUAGUUCUGUUAUAAUUGGUGUACAGAAUCAACUGUCAAGUUAUAUAGAUUGAGUGAAGUAAUGUAAAAUUUUGGUAGUAGUUCACACUGGUAUGGCAAAAACGCUAUAAAAUUGAUUUUUGUAUUUUACAGUUGAAGCGUAUGGUGUUUUGAUUUGAAUAUAUGUAUCAUGGGGUAAGCAUUGCAGUGACAAAAAUGAUGUUUUUAUUUUUCUUUCUUGUAUGGGACCAACACCCAGUAUUUAGUGGCUACUAUUUUUGAGCACUCAUACCCCUAGAGAGAGGAACCAGUUUGUGAAAGUACUGCGCAUAAUGUAUUAUUCACUCUGCAUUGUAAAAUAUGUUCUUAAUUUAGCAUAUGCGUAUAAAAAAAAUUAGUCACAAAGAUUCAAUUCCCAGUUGGGUUUUGCAUCCUAUAUUAUUUUAUUUGAUUUAUCUUCAAAUCUUGUUUUAUUCUGUCCUUUGUAAUUUUAUUGUUAUUCGUAUUGGUUGUAACGUCUCUUCUUAAAGCUCUCCAUAUUGGCCAAUCCAUCUCAUCACCUCGAAUCAGCCUGUCAAUCAGUUUCAUUGUAGUGCAGUGUUGUGUGGUUAGUGUAGAUGGUUUUGAGUCCUCUUUUAUAGGUUUCACUUCAUGUCCAAAAAUGAAUCAAUGAAGCUCAUUAUUUUACUGGAUAAAUCAGACGAGUAUUUUCUGUCUUUUUUCACAGAAACAAUGUACAUAGGUUCUUUGCACUGCGCUCAAACCUGAUUUCCCUGUGUGUACAUUUAAGCACAGAGUUUAUGUAGUGUGUCUGGUUGAAGGGAGUCCAUUUCAGAGUUCAACCUGCUAAGUUAAUGAAAGAUUCAUUUGUUAUGAAAGUGUGAGAGUUGAUUCAGGGCGUUUAAUUUCAGUCUACUGCAAUCAGUAGACAUUUGAUUUUGUCUCAGUUGAGUAAAUCUUGUCCCUCUCUCUAUUUUGCAGACAGUCAUCUAGUCUUUUUUUAUUACUGCUAAUUUAUCUAGAUCUGCAAUCAGUCUUGGGAAUUUUUUCCUACAGCUCUUGAUGUAGUUGAUAUGUAAAUGAAAUGUAAAUCAACCCAAUUUCUUCCGUUUUGUUUGGAAACUAUUGGUGAUGCUGUAGUAUAGAUGUUGAACGUGUUGCUUUCGGUAUGGCCUAUGGUGCUGUGAGAGCAUUAUAAAAACAAAUUCAGUUUUGGAUUAGAUUUUAAAUCGACAUAUUUAUUUUGUUGACUUAAUACUUUUUUAAUGAAACAUAUGAUUUCUUAUUCCAUUAUUAUAAAUGUAUGUUGAUAUGAUUUUGGCUGUCAUUUUGAAUAUCAUCCAUUUAAAUGAAAGACUUCAAAUGAAUAGUGGUCAUUCAACACCAUAGGCGAUAUACCUGCUACAUGGAGAUCGACUCCCCGUAGAAUUCAUAAAUUGAUGAAUUUUGAAGUGAUAACAAAACCACUUGAAACUAAAAGCCUUAAAAGCAUGAUCAGACAUGAAUUCAAGGCAGCUAACUAGUCAGAAGAUUUCUUGGAAGUGUUUCGGUAUUUUGUCUUCGUGUGCCUUUGAAAUUUGGUUUUGUUUUUUAUUCAAAAGGGAAACUAUUUUAGCUUUCUGCAUAUUAAAAAGUAAUGAUGUGCAUUCAAGCAAAAUUCUAAAUGUAUGUAUUUUAUGGUUAGACCAUCGUGGCAUCUUAAAGUGAUUCUGUUAUGUUUUCUACUUGACAAUUUUUAUUUUUAUCGGCAUGAAAAGCAUAUGGAGACAAGGUGCUGAUGCUUGCAAGUUUGCUCCUCUCUCAAUCAUUUCCUCUGUACAUAGUGUUGAAGGACGUUUACCUAUUAUUAUAAUUUCUUUACCAUUUUCAGUGUUUUUGGUGGUUGUAAAUAAAUUGCAAGCAAAAGUAAUAAAAAUUUACAGGCUCUUUUUAUUUUUAUUUUUUUUUAUUUUUAAACUCUUGCAUAAGAAAGAGCUGAUUAUUCUCUGUAUAGUAACCCUGUACUAUUUGGCUUUAACACUCGUGUUGGCCAAAAAGAAUGUAAAUAGAAAUUAUUAUGUGAAUAAGAAUGACAAAAGUGUUAAUUUGUAUAUUGACUUCUUCCGCCAUAUAUUGGCACUGUUAACCAAAAAUGUAAAAAAGAAAAAAAAAAACUCAAAGAUGUGUGAUGGGUGUGUUACACCAAUGUUAAGAGUUGUAACAAACGAGAACUUUGGAAAAAUCGAUAAAAAUAAUGUUAUUGCAUAUGCAAUAAAUACUAGCUAUUGUACUUGCUUGGUUGUUGAUUCUUUACUCACCUGUGCGUGUUACUUGUUGUUGUACGCACGAAGGUGGGAAGGACUCAACUGUACAGGCCAUUUGAACACCCACUGUAGAGUUUUUUCAAUUGUACAAAUUGUAUUUUUAUUAGCAACGUAUCCCAUGAAAUACAAAGUGUUUGAUAAAAAAGA